AUGCUUCAUGGCCCUUGCGGUGAUUGGUGUUUAAUUGAUGCCAAAUGUUCCCAAAAAUUCCCCGAAGCAUUUCAGAAUGAAACUGUUAUGGAUGAGAACGGAUAUCCUCUUUAUCAACUUAAAAACGAUGGAGUGACAUUAACUCGAAACAAGGAAUUUUUUUUCGAUAAUCAAUACGUAGUUCCAUAUAAUAGAACAUUUCUUUUGACGUUCAAUUGUCAUAUAAAUGUAGAAGUAGUCUCAUCCGUCAAAGUGGUUAAGUAUUUGUAUAAAUACGUUUACAACGGUCAUGACAAAGCUCCGGUUACAAUUAAUGGGAGUCUACAUAGUUCAAAUGCGAACGCAACUCAAAAUACCCGACAUCCUCAAAAUGAAUCUGAUGUUGUCGUAACCCACGAUGGAAUCCGCGAUUUCGUUGAUGCCCGGUAUGUAGGCCCCGUCGAAGCUGUUUGGCGAAUUUCAUCAAAAGGAUUACAAGAUAAAAGCCACUUAAUCAUUCGUUUACCAAUACAUUUACCGAAUGAACAAAAUAUUACAAUAACCGAUGAUUGCGAUGAAAUUGCUUUACAAGAAGCAUUACAAAAACAAACAAUGCUGAUAGAUUAUUUUAAAUUGAACGAACGAAGCGCGGAAGCUAAACAAUAUACAUAUAGCGAAAUUCCACACCAUUACGUUUUUGAAAAAAUAGAUGAUACCAAUAACUACAGUCGGCAACCACGUCGAAAACAUUUUAAUGUAAUUGGUCGUAUGUAUUCAAUUAGCCCAGCUCAAACAGAAUUAUUUCAUCUUCGGCUUUUACUUGUCAAUGUCAAGGGUGCAAUAAGUUAUGAAGGAAUCAGAACAGUCAAUGGAGAAGUAUUUGAUACUUUCACAAAUGCAUGUUUAGCGUUAGGAUUAAUAGAAGAUGAUCAAGAAUGA